AUGGUAACAUCUAAAGAUGUCUGGAAACUGCAAAAUAGCAAAGUGAUUGUGCAUUUCGAUGAAGAUAGUGGCCAGCCAAUUGGAGAUUCUGCAGGCUUACUUGGAUCAUGGUUAGGUCAGUUAAGCAAUGACGUGAACUUAAUACCCAUCAACUACAGUGAUUGGAGGUCGGUUAGUCCUCACAUAAAAGAAAGGGCAUGGGAAGUUGUUCAGUCCAAAUUUCGGUUCGAUGAUCCGAUGGUGAGAAAAGAAUAUGUCAUCAGUACACUAGGCAGCAGAUGCAAGGAUGUCAAACGACGUCUUUGGGGAGAGUACAGCAAAGAUACUCGUAGUGAAACAGUGCAGAAUCGACCAGAUAAUGUUCCUGAAGAUCAGUGGUUUCAUUUUGUUCACAUGAGAUUCACUGAAAAGUGGAAGGAAGAACUUACCAUGGUAAUGAGUCAAAACCCACGACCCACAACCAAUGUUUCAGCUAGCUUGGAUGAUGAAUAUGCUCAAGUGUUUGGUCCUGAGCGUCAUGGACGAGUACGUUGUGUAGGUCGUGGACCUACACCUUCAAAGUUGGUGAGACGCUCUACUGUAACUAGGACAGAGAUAGAAAAUUCUGAAAUAGUUGUUCAGCUGAAGACAGAAUUGGAUGGCUUAAGAAAUGAAGUUAAGGGAAUGACUACGUUCAUCCAACAAUUAAUUGGUACAUCAACCGUUGAACAGGCAACUGCAUUGGCUAGAGCUUUUGCAAACAUACCAAAUCCACGUCCCACUAACAUACCGAAUGUGACUACUCCACUGGGAACCAAUGAUGCAGCAAAUGGAAAUUCCACUAUUUAG